AUGGAGCACUGGAAUCGGAAUCCAAUUCCAAAACCGAGAGGUAGGUAUCCUUGGAGGAGGGGGAGGGGGAUCCUCCUCGCCGCUCCGGUUUCCAUGGCGGCCGCCCCCGCCCCCGCCCGUUCGCCGCCGGAAGCGUCCCCGCCGCCCCUCGACGCCUCCGCCUCCGCCUCCGACGACGAGUGGGAUGCGGAUGGAUUUGUUAUUCCUGAUGUGACUAUUCAAGAUGAUGAUGAUGAUGAUGUUACUACACACAGUGUCCCCAAAGCAAGGGAUCCUGAACCUCAACAGGCAAAAGAGGAGAAGAUAUACUUGGGACCUCAUGGGGCGCCACCAUCAGGAGCAAAGCAGCAGCAACUUAACACAGUUGGCCGCAAGCAGAGUUUCAGAAACAAGCUGAAGGAGGCAGAUAGGAAAUCCAGUGGCAAUGCUCAGGAGAACAAGGUGGAAAGCCUAAGAGAGCUCAUGGGGGCUGUAACAACAGAUAGUAGGGGCAUGGCGAAGAGUUCUCGUCGCGACUGGCUUGACCCACACUGUCGUGAGUCUGAGUUUGAUAGGAAACCACGCUAG